AAGGUAGCGGGAAGCUGACUCUUAUAUGCUUUAGGACAUAAAAAGAAAAAAUAAUAAUAAUAAUAAAUAAUAAUAAUAAAUAAUAAUAAUAAUAUGAGGUGGUAGCGGUAAUGGUAGUGAUUAUUGCGAUGGUGUCAGUGGCGGAGAUGGCGGUGGUAGCAGAGUAACAGUAGUAGCAGUAGUAGCUGUAGUAGUAGUAGUAGUAGUCGCUGGAGUAGCGGCAACGAUGAUGGUGCUGGAAAUGAUUGGUAGUUGCGAGGUAAAGACGAAAAACAAGUGAAAAGAGCGAGAGAGAGAGAGAGAGAGAGAGAGAGUGAGAGAAAAGAAAAUAAAGAAUAAAAAAUAGCAGCAAGCAACAACAAACCAACAAACAAAUAAAAAAAAAAGGAUGUAGAAAUACAAAAAAUAUCAAUAAAACAAUAACAAGAGGAGCUUGGCAGAGUUUUUCGCUAACAAGUUCCUCUCAGUGUGUGUCAGUUAUAAAGUGACAAGGAGAACGACAUGCAAGUUGUAUAAACUUCGACAACUGGGAACUAAGCUUAUAGUCAACGUGAAACGAAGAUACAAUUUCAUGUGCCGUGCAGAAGAGGAAUAUAACCACAGCUAAUCUGAAAAGUAAUUUGCUCAAUAAAACUUAAAGAAUGAAGACAAAAUCUUAUCGCUUGAGUUGCCGUUCCAUAAAAGACGUAUUUCUUUAUAUUAUAUUACUAAUCAUGGUAUCAACAUUUAUCACGAUCUACGAAACAAUAAGAUAUACCCCUUGGGUAGAAAACAAAAUAUUGAAAAUACAAUGGAAGCUUCCUCUUCGAGACUUACACAAAGAACUCAAAAAUAAUUCUUACAAGGAUUAUCUACGAAAAAUUCCAGAAAAGAAAUCUCAUAUUCGUACUUACAAAGGUCUUUCACAUUCCAAAAAACCGUCGCAGAUUUUGACAACACUUUUAAAAUUACAGGAAACUAUAUUUGGCGAGCGCCGUUCAGCAAAUACAGCUGUGUUAUGGUUAGAUAAUAAAGACUCAAUAGAAGAAGCCGAUUUGUACAGUUCGAACCUGAAGAGUCUAGGGCUACAUGUGAAAAUGAAACAGAAUUAUUUAAAUGACAAAGUAAGCCUUUCUUCAGAGUUAUCACCCCAGCUGUAUUACUAUCAUCACCAUGUGUUUGAUAACUGGACGCUUUUCCUCUAUUUCAAACCGGGACCCGUUUCACCUGACACUCUGGAGAUUCUUCAGAAGAAAGGAUUACGAGAUUUUCAAAAGGUCAAUCACAUUCCAAGUCUUAUCAAUUUAUUUCUAAAUAAAGGACAUCUCUGCCAUGACACAAAAUUAAUUGGAGAAGUUGAAAACUGGAGAGGAAAGUUCAACUACAAACCAUGUUAUUGCUUGUCAGAUACAACCCUAGAAGACAUUCAAGUUCCUCUAACAUCGGAAAACACUACAUGGUGGCGGCUAUAUGAACCAACACAUUUAGACAAACGUCUUCAGGAAAAGACAGAUCCGGUGAAACUGGUUUCACAUGAACAACUAAAGAUUAUUUUACAAAGCAAACCUUCAUCCGAUAUCAUAUUCCAAGAAAUUCCUAAAGAUUUAUUACUAAUCGAUGGUGAGCCACUGUUUCUCAGAGUCUAUAUCUCUGUUACUUCAAUGCACCCUCUGAGAACAUAUCUUCAUACACAUAUCAAGAUAUUACAAUUACAAGAAGAUGAUGGUGUGAAAUAUUUAAAGAUUACGAAUAAAGCUGGGAAACUUUGGAAUUUACUACUGAGAAUUCAUAACAGUUAUGGACAAUCAUCAGCGGAAAAGUUGCUUUCUUUCUUGAAGAUGGAGAUUGUCUCCUUGCUGAUGUUGGCUGAAACUCUCAUAACUCAGUCCAAUAAAGUUAAAAGUAAAAACAUUCUGUGUCCAAAUUGCUUCCAAUUGAUACACAUUGAUCUCACUAUAGAUUCCAGUUUUCGACCAUUCAUACUUGAUAUCCAGUGUUCACCUGUUGGAUCCGGUUCAGGUGAAAACCUGCCUCCUAACUCAGUGAUCAGAGAUCUAUUGAGCAUGGUGUUACAAGAAUCAAGUGUCACAAUUGACGUUGCCUAUGCUUUAGAUGAGCAAGGAUUAGAUAUUGGACUGAUGGAAGGUCAGUGUAAUGUAUUUGACCAGUUCUGUUUGUCAAACCAACAACUUCUUUAUCUUCUGGAAAGUCGAGCAGAGAGUUUAAACCUUGGUGAAUUCAUACGUCUAUAUCCUUCUGAAGAUAUCAGUGUCUACAACAACUUGGUACAACAAUUACAGCAAUAUCUACUGGAAAAUAGCAUUCCUACGAAAGACAAGGGUACAGAACGAAUACAGUUACAAAUUGGCAGAAAAGACAUCACACUUCAUACUGCUUUGAUCCACUCAUUAUUAAUUGGCUUAGAGACGUUUUAUGCAAGUAAUACAAACAGAAAUCCAAGAAUCCCUGACAAUCAUGACGUGAUGGAGUUUGACAUGGACCCAAACAUAUCAAAGAAAAGUGAUGUCUUCCUUCCGACAGUUGCUAGUUACACAAACAGAAAACUAGAAGAGAAGAAAUACCAAGAGGCAGAUUUGAAAGACCGAAAAUAUCUACGUCCUAGCUGUAGUGAAGAUCCUUUGGCUGUACCAUUUCUAAUGAAAAUUAACAUUGAACCACCAGUUAAACUCACACCAGCAUUUGACCCCAACAUUUCCACAUAUGAAACAAGUGUGCCUUAUGAAUUACUACUGAUAAAAAUUUGGGGGUUUGCCCAAAGUUGUCAAUGCAUCUCUAAGAUAGAUGACAAAUUUGGUUUCCCGAGGGCCAUCAACUAUACUUUAGGAAUUGGCACCAACCGAAUUACAAUUGCUGUAGUGGAUGUGACUUAUAUGGAACCACUUGCAGUAAACACUUAUACAGUAAUAAUCCACAGAAGACAACCUCAAAAGGAAGAAUUUUCACCAGGUGUCAACCACGUUGUCUGUAGCCUGAAGCAGGAUUGCUCCCUGAAAUUUUCUGAAGAUUCUGACUGUGGCUUACAUAAGACAGCAUUUAAUUCUUGGUCUGAUAUGUUAUCCUACAUUGAAAUCUUACCACCGUGUGUUACAGCUGAUAUGCCAGGUCAGUGGGUUGUACCUUGCAGUACAUGUUCUUCAACAGCUCUCUGCUACUGGCAAAAGGCUAUCUGGCAACCAAAAUCUUGCACCCAUCGCUGGUUCCCAAGAAAUCAACUACAAAAAUGUUUUACCAAUAAAAAGUUGCUGUUCCUUGGUGAUUCAACCAAUCGAGGAAUUAUGCAUUAUAUUCUAGAGAAAGUGAACAUGACCCUGCAGGAAUGGGAUAAAACACACAACAUCAAACACUAUGAUAAUCUCAAUAACCAUACAACAAGCAUGAGUUUUGCUUAUUAUCCUCAGUUCUGGCUACCAACAGAUCAUAGGCCGACCUUUGAUAAAGCUUUCUAUCAACUCCUUCGCAAAAAUUUACCAAUAGAAAACAAUACAAACACAGUUCUUGUCAUUGGAGGAGUGCACUGGCUUAAUAAACAUCACAUCGACAUCAUCAAGCGAGGGCUGAAAAGGGAAGGAUUAACAGGAAUAUUUCUGGUCAUUAAAGACUUAGGUGCAGGCUUCCAUCAACCUGUGGAAGGACUUCAUUGUUUAAAUUUGAAAGAACAACAGAAACUGCUUUCCCAUAAUUCUAUUCUCACCAAUUAUGCCCGACAAAAUGGUUUCCAUGUGGUUGAGACAUUCAACAUGACAAUGAGUCGAUAUAGGGACUUUUUACAAGGACAAUGUGCUUGUCACUUUCACAAAGUUGUAACUUUAAAAAAACAGAAGAAAAAAUGCCAUAAGAAAUGUCCUCAUUCUCAAUCAGACCAAGAAGAAGAUUAUCAAUCUCGAACUUUCCAUGUAGAAGGAGAAAUUAAUGCGAUUUAUUCAGAAAUGAUGAUUACUCAAAUAUGUUCUCACAGUUUCAGUCAUUCUUUGUCAUGACUAUAAAAGGUUCCAAAGAAAUUAUUAAUUUGCCUGAUUCUAAGUUUCCUUAGUCAUUUUGUUCCAGAAUUUCAUCAGACAAAAAGAAGACUGUUCUGAAUCCAAUGAAAGAUUUUUCAUUUCUGGUUAACACACAUCUGGGCUGUGUGAAAACUUAGUCAACAACACAUUGCUCAAGGUCUAGAAGGGCUGAGUAUACUGGCGUUGACAAUGAGUUAACCCAAACUUGUGGCGUUGGAAGAUAUAACAAACUGCAAAAAUUUCAGAGAAAAUACAAAUCUAAAUACAGCAGUAGACUUUGUAAUCUUCUGAACAUAUAAGAAAAAUGUUUAUAAUUUUCUAUGAAAAUGUGAUAAAUUCAUAAGCUUCAUAAAAUUCAUAAUCUUCAUAAAAUUCAUAAAACGAUGUAAUUUUCAAACAUGAAACUUGUAUAUUAUUUUACUUACAUUUAUUUUUAUUCAUAUUUUUCAUCAACCAACAUCUUCAGUCAGAUAUAUUGUUGUUUUGUUUUUCACCAGUAUAUCAGUAUUUAAAUCAUAUUCACAGAAAGUUGGUUUCUAUCACAAAGGAAAAGUACUGUAUAUUGUAGGCAAUAUUUAACAGGAAGUGUCCAUGCCUUGCACAAGAAUAAUUGAUUCCAUAAGGAACACAAAAGGCCUCAUCUGAAAAUCAAAGCAAUGAUACUUGCUACUACAGGCUAUGAUAUUAUAUUUAAUGGAUUUUGAAUGUGAUGGAUUGAAAGAAUCAUUAGAGCAUCUUUGUUCUGAGUUCAAAUCUCCCCCAAAUUAGUUGUCUUUUACCAGUCAUUUACUUCAGUUAAUGUAAUUGACUGUUUCCUUUAAAAAUUGUUGGCCUUAUGCCUAUCCUACUAGAAGCAAUAAUUUUUAAUUAAUUUAAUUACAAUUCAGUAAUUAAUUACAAAAUUAAUUACAAAAUAUUUUCUGUGACUUAGGAUUUUUAGUAAAUUCUCAAAAAUAUUUUCCUACAUUUAAAAAAAAACAUAACUUGGAAACAGGUAAACACUCUUAAAGCUGACUUUGCUUAUUUUUUUUAAAGCAAACAUAAUUUAUAAUUUAUACUUUUCAAUUAAACUAAUAUUAUUUUUUAAAAAUUACAUUCUGUUUCUAUCUUUUAUAGAAAACAAAAAUAGGAUAUAUAUAUAAAAGUUAUUGUUCUAAGCUGAAUUCCCAGAUAUGAUAAGAGUAGUGUUAAUAUAUUUAUUUUCAUUCUAAAACCAUUCACACAACAAAUAGACAGUAGGAAAAAUUACAAUUCUUCAUCGCCACAUCACUUAAGUGACAUUAACCUUUAAUAUUCCACAGUUGUGUGAAUUAUUUUAAAGUUUAAGUCUUGGACCAAAUACUGUAAUUUUGUGCCUGGAAAGAAUGUUGGGUUACACUCAGUUAUAAAAGCUUAAGAAUCAACUGAAUACUAGAGGUCUUCCAAUUAUUCAGAAUCUGGGAAAUUACAGUAGUGAGCUUUGGUAAUCAUUCAACCUGUCAAAAAUAUUUUUCACACGAAGACAAUAGGAAGUUUUUCAUUAAUUUAUAAAUAGAAUAAACAUAUUGUAUGUAGUUAUUUCUUUGAUGAGUUAAUUAUAUAUCUGAGUGUUUGUUCCAAUAAUAUUAGAUCUCAAAAUGAAGUCAUCAAAGCAAAGAAUAUGAAGAGAACUCAGCCAUAUGAUUAUUAAAUAGUAUUUAAUAGUAAGAGACUGCAAAGAGUUUGUCUCGGUACAGUAUCCCUUUGUUAUCAACUGGAAAAAAUCAUCUACAUAGUCACUGUACAGUAUGUCUUUGUAACUAAUUUGCAAUACAAAGGAACCAGUCAUACAAUAUUAGUAGUAGACAACUAUGGUUUUGUAUAAAAACAAUGUUUCUAUUGGGGUUUUAAUUUUGACUACAUUUCAACUUGGCUGCCCUCUGUGUUCAGCUGGUAUAUUCCUACCUUUAUACUUAUAUAGCAUAUAACAUUGAACUAGCUGGGGAAGUACAAACUGAUUGAGGCAUAGAGUUGUCAGAGACACAGACAAAUCAGGUUAACAUCCCAAAAGCCUAUGUUACUUGUGUAAAAAGUUAUCUAGACAUGCCAAAACUUAUAUUAAUUUCAGCACCAAAUUCAAAUCCUCUUAUGGAUCUGAAAAGGUUCAUGUGAAUUUACUCCAGUGUGUUGUGAUUCUUUCAUCAACACAGUCACCAGUAGUAACAGUCAUACAAUUACUCUGUUUAUCAAAGGAUCUAUGUCUGAAAUGCUAGACUUUUCCACUCCUUGCAGCAAUCAUCCACAAACUCUUAAUUUUUGAAACCAUUGCUGACAAUGCCAACACCCAGGGAUUACCUUGAAUUCUGGAUUUUAUCCUUAAAACUUCUUUGUUGAUUUCUUACUCUCCUUCACAAAUCAACAUUCCAUAUUUUUAUUAUGGUUACUCAAUUAAGAUGCAGUUUUCAUGGGAAGACUGUUCCUGACUUGACAAGAUACCAUAUAACCAGUCUGUAAAGUAGGAAUCCUAUUACUUGACUCAUACCGUUUCUGGCCAAAGCACUUAGCUAUCAGAUGAUCCUAGCCACUUAAUGAAUAGAUCCCAUAGAAUGAUGGAACAUAUGCUAUAUGCAAUAGCAGCCAUGUGAAAUUUCUUUUUCAUUCAUUCAAAGUACUGAAACUUGUGAGCUUAGGUCAUGAUAGAAGCACUAAUGAUGUGACCCUACAAUCAGUUCUCUCACCACAAUUUCAGGAUGAACUAGAAAAAACUGUUCACCUUAUAACCUGAUAAUAAGAGGUUAUUCAACCUAUUUAUCAAUGUACUAUGCUUAUUUAUAACAACACAUUAUGGUAAGAUAAUUUACUUCAUUAUUCCAUACCACACUUCUCUUAUGUUCUAUAAAUGUUCACAAAAGAAUUGCUAAUUUGUUAUAGUUUCUGAGAGAAAAUUUUUCAUAUCAAAUUGUACAUUGACCAGGAAUCAUCUUUAUUUUUCCAAAUAAAAAUAUUUUGAAAACUU